AAAGCCAAGUGCUCUAUCAGAACUAAAUCGCUGAGCCUGUCACCUGUAUUUCAGGAGCUGAACCAGAAAUGUCGUCCUCAGGCAUGCCAGACUUACCUGUCCCACUCACCAAUUUGAAGUUUCAGUAUACGAAGAUCUUCAUAAACAAUGAAUGGCAUAAUUCAGUGAGUGGCAAGAAAUUUCCUGUCUUUAAUCCUGCAACGGAGGAGAAACUCUGCGAGGUAGAAGAAGGAGAUCAGGAGGAUGUUAACAAAGCAGUGAAGGCUGCACGACAGGCUUUUCAGAUUGGCUCUCCCUGGCGUACUAUGGAUGCUUCGGACAGAGGACGGCUACUGUACAAGUUGGCGGAUUUAAUUGAAAGAGAUCGUCUGCUGCUGGCUACAAUGGAGGCCAUGAAUGGUGGAAAACUAUUUUCCAAUGCAUAUCUGAUGGAUUUAGGAGGCUGCAUAAAGACAUUACGCUACUGUGCAGGGUGGGCUGACAAGAUCCAGGGCCGCACAAUACCUAUUGAUGGAGACUUUUUUACUUAUACAAGACAUGAGCCUAUUGGUGUGUGUGGCCAAAUCAUUCCUUGGAAUUUCCCGUUGGUUAUGUUCAUUUGGAAAAUCGGGCCUGCCCUCAGCUGCGGAAACACAGUGGUUGUCAAACCGGCAGAGCAAACUCCUCUCACUGCUCUUCACGUGGCAUCUUUAAUAAAAGAGGCAGGCUUUCCUCCUGGAGUUGUGAAUAUUGUCCCUGGUUAUGGGCCAACUGCAGGGGCUGCCAUUUCUUCUCACAUGGACGUAGACAAAGUGGCCUUCACUGGAUCAACGGAGGUUGGCAAGAUGAUCAAAGAAGCUGCAGGGAAAAGCAAUCUGAAGAGGGUGACCCUGGAGCUCGGUGGAAAGAGCCCUUGCAUUGUGUUUGCUGACGCAGACUUGGACAAUGCCGUUGAAUUUGCACACCGUGGGUUAUUCUACCACCAGGGCCAAUGUUGUAUAGCUGCAUCCCGGCUUUUUGUGGAAGAGUCAAUUUAUGAUGAGUUUGUUCGAAGGAGUGUUGAGCGAGCUAAAAAGUAUGUUCUUGGAAAUCCUCUGACCCCAGGAGUCAGUCAAGGCCCUCAGAUUGAUAAGGAACAAUAUGAAAAAAUACUUGACCUCAUCGAGAGUGGGAAGAAGGAAGGGGCCAAGCUGGAAUGUGGUGGAGGCCCCUGGGGGAACAAAGGCUACUUCAUCCAGCCCACGGUCUUCUCUAAUGUCACCGAUGAGAUGCGCAUUGCCAAGGAGGAGGUAAAUGGCUUCAUUCUGCUCUGUUCCCUCUAUUGCCACAUUUUGUCUGCGGGUGUGUACACAGUGUCCCUUGAAAAUUCUCUCUUUGAACACCUUUCUCAGUAAAUGUUACUUUUUAUU